CUGUGGAACUCAUGGGGGGGGCGGUGUCGUUGGGUGACGUCAGGAGCCGGUUUUAUUCCCUCGGCCCUCUCCUCCUCUGCCUGUACUGUUGUCGCUGUGAAGAUGAACGGUGCCAAGCGAGGGCGGCAUGACGUGUCUCCUGUGCUGGAGGACGGCUACCGGACACCGGAGAAACGGGCGAAGACCUGGCCCGGAGCUGGCAGCGGGGACUUCAGGGAGUGGGAUGUGGAGGAUGUGUGCCGCUUCCUGGCCAGCAAUGGCUUCGAGCAGCUGCAGCAGGUCUUCAGAGAACAGGGUAUACAAGGAAGACAUCUGCAGGAUCUCACAGAGGAGCACUUGAAAGAAUUUCAGAUCAGGACUGUAGCAGAAAGAUUGGAAUUGCUCUGUUGCUUUAGGACACUGUUUCAAAAUUCAAUCAGUAUUAUGAAGGUAUUCAAUGAUCCAAUCCAUGGUCACAUUGAGAUGCACCCCCUGCUGGUCCGGAUUAUUGACACUCCACAGUUCCAGCGUUUGCGGUAUAUCAAACAGCUCGGUGGCUGCUAUUAUGUGUUCGCAGGAGCCUCCCACAACAGAUUUGAGCACUCUAUUGGUGUGGGUCACCUUGCAGGAUGCCUUGUAAAGGUGUUACAUGAGCGCCAACCAGAACUACGCAUAAACCAGAGAGAUCUCCUGUGUGUCCAGAUUGCAGGACUGUGCCACGAUUUGGGUCAUGGACCAUUUUCUCAUAUGUUUGAUGGGAGAUUCAUGCCUCUUGCUUGUCAAAAUAAAAAAUUUAAGCAUGAAUCUGCCUCUGUGAAGAUGUUUUACCACCUUAUCCAGUCAAACGGUUUGGAGAGCAUUAUGAAGGAAUAUGGCCUCCACUUGCCCGAAGACCUAAAAUUUAUCGAGGAACAAAUCGCUGGCCCUUUGACUACUGAAGCAGAAGAUUCAUUCAACUCUAGUCAGAGUAGUUCCUCAUCUAGGGAGUGGCCUUACCAAGGUCGACCAGAAGAGAAAAGCUUCCUGUAUGAGAUUGUGGCCAACAAAAGAAAUGGCAUUGAUGUGGAUAAAUGGGACUACUUUGCCAGGGACUGCCAUCAUCUGGGUAUUCAAAACAAUUUUGAUCAUGCGCGAUAUCUCAAAUUUGUCAGAGUCUGUAAGGUCGACAAAAAGAAGCACAUAUGUACGAGGGAAAAGGAAGUUGGGAAUCUGUACGAUAUGUUUCACACACGGAACUGUCUUCACCGGAGGGCUUACCAACACAAAGUUAGCAAUAUCAUUGAGACAAUGAUUACUGAUGCCUUCAUAAAAGCAGAUCCAUUUAUCAAGAUAGAAGGGUCAGGUGGCAAGACAUUUAGUAUCUCUGAAUCUGUGGAAGAUAUGGUGGCGUAUACCAAGCUCACAGACAACAUUUUCCAACAGAUCUUGUACUCCAGCGAACCCGAGCUUAAAGAGGCCAGAGAGAUCCUGCGAAAAGUGGAGCGAAGGGAGCUGUACAAAUAUGUGGGGCAGACGCAACCCAACGGUAGCAACAGGAUUCUGCUGAAUGAGUAUGACCGAUUAUCGGCUGAACUGGCAGAAUCCAUUCCUAUAUCUACUACAACAGACAUCAGACUCAAAGAAGAGGAUUUUAUAGUAGAUGUAAUUCAUAUGGACUAUGGCAUGAAAGAGCAGAAUCCAAUCAACAAUGUGCGGUUUUAUUGUAAGUCCGAUCCAGACAUGGCAAUAAAAAUCACUAAACAGCAGGUGUCUCAGCUUUUGCCAGAAAAGUUUGCCGAACAGAUAAUCCGCGUCUACUGUAAGAGGAUGGACGAGAAGAGCCUGGAGGCUGCCAAGAGAUACUUUGUGCAAUGGUGCAUGGACCGAGACUUCUCCAAACCUCAGGAUGGUGAUGUAGUGGCUCCAGAUAUGACUCCGCUGAAGGACAGUUGGCGUGAUAAAGAGGAUGAAAAUGAAGACCAGCAACAUGUGGAGUCUCUGCACAAGUCCAGAACCAAGCUUGUUAAUCGAUUCAACAAUUCGUAGACUCCUGUGAACGGCAAACCUCACUAGCUCUACCUUUUUAUUUACCAUCUGUACUGUUAGAACAGCCAGGUUAAGAUCACACAGCAUGAGGUCAUAUGAUUAAGGCACCUUUUUUAUUUAAAGGCUCAAGUGGUGAUCUAAAGUGGGUUUUGGGUGCUUCCCAGUUUCCGUCACUUGAUUGUCUAGAUUCCUUCAGUUUUACGUUAUGGAGGGUGCAGGAGGAGGAAUACUUCCUUAGCCUGCCUUUUAUCUUUACUGUGAGUGGCGGUGGAGUUCGUAGGCCAUUGCAAAGGCCCCACCUUUUUAGUCCCUUAGAGCAGUGUUUCCCAACUCCAGUCCUCAAGGCACACCAACAGGUCAUGUUUUCAGGAUUUCCAUUAUUUUGC